UAUAUAUGCUGAACACAGGAGAGAUGUGCCCUUUUAAUACUCUGGAAUUUUCUGCACACAACAAAAAGAUUCAGAUUUGUUACCAGUUUAAAAAGGUUUUGUGUUGAUGAGGAUCAAUCGACGGUGAAGUUUUUUUUUCGACUGGACGCGAGACAUCUGUUGUUAAAUCUAUGAGUUGAUGAAUGGCGCCAUCAACCCAUAUUGUUUCAACAAAGGCGGAACUCAUUUGUUAUUGACGGAAAAACUUGAUUUGAAAAAUAAUAUCUAUGUUACUUUUGUUAUUUUUUGUUCUUGAUUGAACUUUAUUGAAGUCGAUGUAAAAAUUUGACAGUCAGUGACGAGUGAAUAAAGUUGCGAGAGAUGAAUAGAUCGCUGGCACCGAGUCAGUGUGGUAAACGUCCCCUCCUAUUGAAUAUCGAGAAUAUAAACACAUCAGCAAUUACUCAAUAUAAAAGAGAAGAACCGAAGAAUGUUGACGAGAAUGUUGCACCUAGAGAGAAACGAAUUAGACUUGCAGCAAAAGGAAAUCCACUACUCAUUGCUGAUAAAAAGGCUGUUAAAUUGAGUGACAAGGACUUGUCAGCAACUCAGGACAUUAUUUCAGACCAUGAGCGAACAAUUCGAGAUUUACUGAAAAAACCUUUCAAAAUCCCCAUUCCGGGUUAUGAGUUAUCGGGAAGAUCGCUUGGCUCAAGACUCUCUGGUCCCAGAAGGCCUUUACAUGAUCCUUAUGCUGCCAAUGCACUGGUGGUUUACGAACCUCCCGAAUUAUCAGAGCACGAACGUCUUAAAAUUGAUGAGAGCAAGAUGCUGGUGCAUGUUGUUGUGGAUCCUCAACUGUGCAAUAUUUUACGUCCACAUCAAAGAGAGGGUGUAAAAUUUAUGUACGAGUGUGUAACAGGAAAGAGGAUCGAUGGGGCUUUUGGAUGCAUUAUGGCAGAUGAAAUGGGUCUUGGAAAGACUCUUCAAUGUAUCACACUUCUUUGGACAUUACUCAAACAAGGACCAGAAGCAAAACCCUUGAUCGAGAAAGCGAUAAUCGUGGCUCCAAGUUCUCUAGUUAAAAAUUGGUACAAUGAAAUAUUCAAAUGGUUAGGGAGUCGUGUGAGGCCUCUGGCAAUCGAUGGUGGCAGCAAGACUGAAAUUGACAACAAAUUAACUGGAUUCAUGAAAACCUUUGGACGACGCUGUGUUAACCCUAUCUUAAUCAUCAGUUAUGAAACAUUUCGAUUACAUGCUCAUGUGUUACAUCACGAUGAGGUGGGCUUGGUGCUUUGUGACGAGGGACACAGACUGAAGAACUCAGAGAAUCAAACUUAUCAGUCUUUGAUGGGGUUGAAGGCCAAAAGACGAGUGUUGCUCAGUGGUACACCAAUUCAAAAUGAUCUCUUGGAGUAUUUCUCACUCGUUCAUUUCGUAAAUGCCGGGUUGCUUGGCACUGCUCAGGAAUUUCGAAAAAAGUUCGAGAAUCCAAUUCUCCGAGGUCAGGACGCCGCAGCGUCAGACUCCGAACGUGUUCGAGCUCAAGAAUGCCUCCAAGAAUUAGUGACCGUGGUAAAUAAAUGCCUAAUCCGUCGAACGAGUGCCCUCCUCUCAAAGUAUCUCCCCAUCAAGUACGAGCUCGUGGUCUGCGUCAAGAUGACUGAGCUCCAGAGCACCCUUUACAAGAACUUCAUCAAGAGUGAGGCUAUUCGGAAAUCCAUGUCAAAUCACGAGGGUGAAAAGAAGGGAGGCGGUACACUAUCAGCUUUGUCAGCCAUCACACUUCUGAAAAAGCUCUGCAAUCACCCAGACCUCGUCUACGAGAAGAUCCAACAGAAUUCUGAGGGAUUCGAGGGUGCUUCCAAGCUUUUACCUGCAAACUACAGCACAAAAGAGGUCCUUCCAGAAUUAUCAGGCAAGCUGAUGGUUCUGGACACUCUUUUAGCUUCAAUUAAAUCCACAACAACAGACAAAAUCGUUCUAGUCUCCAACUACACUCAGACUCUCGAUCUUUUCGAGAAACUUUGUGCUAAGAGGACUUAUCGUUACGUACGCCUCGAUGGCACAAUGUCGAUAAAGAAAAGGGCAAAAGUGGUGGAAAACUUUAACAAUCCAGACAGCGGUGAUUUCAUCUUCAUGCUGAGUUCAAAAGCUGGAGGUUGUGGAUUGAAUUUGAUUGGGGCUAAUCGAUUAGUGAUGUUCGAUCCAGAUUGGAAUCCUGCUAAUGAUGAUCAGGCGAUGGCUCGGGUCUGGAGAGAUGGGCAAAAAAAGCCCUGUUUUGUUUAUCGUUUCCUCUGCACUGGGACAAUUGAGGAAAAGAUCUUCCAGCGUCAGGCACACAAGAAGGCACUAAGUUCUACUGUUGUGGAUCAGGAGGAUGAUGUUUGUAGACACUUUACUCUAACCGAUCUCAGAGAUUUAUUCAAGCUGGAGGAGAAUACAGUUUCGGAUACACAUUCCAAGUUCAAGUGUAAGAGAUGUGUCAAUGGAAUGGAGAUUAAAGGGCCACCUGAAGACUCUGAUUGUAAUUCUGAUCUUUCGGAUUGGAGGCAUGCACAUGGGCCUAGGCUUCUACCUGAUAUUCCUCUGAGACAUUGUUGGAGAAGUGGGAUUUCGUUUGUUUUCCAUCAUCGUUCUACUGAGACUGUUAAGGAGGGAGGUACAAAGGUAGAGGAGAUAGAGGCAGCAAAGUCUGAUCAUUCUUGAUAAUUGGAUAGUUUGAUAAAUGAAUUCUGGGGAGGAGGAUGAGUCCAAACAUCUGUAAUAUGUAACAGCCGAAAUACGAGUGAUUUCAUUGAGACAUAUCAGAGUAUAUUUUUUUCUAGAGAAUUUUAUAUAUUACAAAGGCUGCUUGGCAAAAUUUCUCGAAAUUUUUCCCUUUCGAUGAUAUUUGUAGUCAGUAACAGUGAUAAAACAGAAUAUCAAGUCAAUUUCAAGAUCAGUUUGGAUGAAUAUGUCAAUGUUAACUCGUUUGUAUCUUCAAGUAGGAGAUGCAGAGAACUUCCAAAAAUCUUUCUAUACCUUCAUUAAAUUCCGAUACGUUUUCAAACAAAUGAUUUCAGAAUGGAAUGGAAUUGAUUCGUCACACUAUUGGAAUAGUUUACAAAAUCGAGUCCUUAAUCUGCUUCUCUUCUCAAAUGAUUAGAAAAAUUGAUUGGAAUUUGUUUGGUUCCUAUAGAAUUAACUAUUUAUUUCUGAUUAGCACUCACAAUUUUUGUAGGCACGAGGUUCAUGAGAUAUGAUGUGAUGACAAUAAAAAUUUCAAGUUCGCCCAGUCUCAUUGCAUAUAAAAUAUGUACCUGCGGGCUCUUUCUCAUAACUCUAGUUCAGAUUUCUUGAUUAUUGUAUUGCAGUCCAAGGUCACCCAUUAGAUGUGCAGGAAACAUUUGGAAGGAUACUAGUAAAAAGAAGGACAAGAGAUCGACCUAUCGUAGCAUUUUGUGUUUAUUACCAUUUAGAUUUUCGCAUUUUUUUAAACAUUUUCCUUUCAAUAUCUUGUGAAUAAUUUCAUGAUCGAAAUAUGAGUUUCAAUGGUGAAAUGUGACACUUGUGGUUUUUGAUUACCUGCGGUAAUUCAUUCAUAAAUAGAAAAAUUUUAAGGGAUUCAUUUUUGUAUUUGAGGCAAAUGUGCAUUAUUGAUAUGUGGACAAAACUGGAGGGGCAGUCUUUCAACGCUUGGUGGUCACUAAUUCUCGUCAGAGAGAUAGGAGAGCUAACAAUGUAUUUCUCACUUUCUAUUUUUGUACCGAAAUUGUAUGACAAAUUAUUACGGAAAUGUUCUCGAGUUCUGGCAAACAUUUACGUCUUGCAGGAUCUCACAUGCGAAAAACAUUGAAGAUGUUAAGACUAAUAGUAAUGGGGAUUAUUGUCAUUGUAUAUAACAUCUAGGUCAUGAAUAAAGAAGUUUCUAGUUAA